GAGGGCGGUGACCACUGCAGUCUUACUCCAGUAUCUCUGCUCCUGGCUCAGAUACUCUCAGAGGCGUUACUCUCCGCCGCAGGUCGGCCCCUUAAAAUCUGUACAUUUCAUUUUCCCCCGGCAGGUGACCUUGACCCGGGACAGGCAGACAUGGCUGGAGCUGCGGCGCCGAAGCGGCAGGACACCCGGAAAUUUUUCGAGAAUUUAUCCGGCGCUGGUAAAUCCAUCGCGGUGCUGACGAGCGGAGGAGAUGCCCAAGGCAUGAAUGCAGCCGUCAGGGCAGUCGUCCGAAUGGGCAUCUACGUGGGAGCAAAGGUCUACUUCAUCCACGAGGGUUACCAGGGGAUGGUGGACGGUGGAGACAACAUCAAAGAGGCGACGUGGGAAAGCGUCUCCAGCAUGCUGCAAGUGGGUGGUACGGUCAUCGGGAGCGCCCGCUGUAAAGAGUUUCGUACUCACGAGGGCCGCUUGAAGGCGGCACACAACCUCGUGCAGCGCAACAUCACCAACCUGUGUGUGAUUGGUGGAGACGGCAGCUUGACCGGAGCUAACCUGUUCAGGGAGGAGUGGAGCGGCCUGCUCGAUGAGCUCCUCCAGCAAGGUCUGAUUGAUGAGGAGGCAGCCCAGCGUAACUCAGCGCUCCACAUCGUCGGCAUGGUCGGCUCCAUCGACAACGACUUCUGCGGCACCGACAUGACCAUCGGCACCGACUCGGCCCUGCAUCGGAUCAUCGAGGUGGUGGACGCCAUCAUGACCACUGCUCAGAGCCACCAGAGGACAUUUGUUCUGGAGGUCAUGGGGAGACACUGCGGAUACCUGGCCCUGGUCAGUGCCCUGGCAUGUGGAGCUGAUUGGGUUUUUAUCCCUGAAAUGCCUCCUGAAGAUGGAUGGGAGGACAGCAUGUGUCAGAAACUGUCUGAGAACCGCGCCGAUAAGAAAAGGCUGAACAUUAUAAUUGUAGCCGAGGGUGCCAUAGAUAGCCACAACAAGGCUAUAACUCCUGAUUAUAUCAAGGAUCUGGUAGUCCGCUGCCUGGGUUUUGACACCAGGGUCACCAUCUUGGGCCAUGUGCAGAGAGGUGGAACCCCCUCUGCUUUUGACAGGAUCCUGGCCAGUCGUAUGGGCGUGGAGGCCGUGCUGGCGUUAUUGGAGGCGUCUGCCAACACCCCGGCCUGCGUCGUGUCUCUGGUUGGCAACCAGGCUGUUCGACUGCCACUUAUGGAGUGUGUUCAGAUGACUCAAGAAGUGCAGAAGGCCAUGGAUGAGAAGAAAUUUGACGAGGCAGUCAGACUGCGUGGCAGGAGCUUUGAAAACAACCUGAGCACCUACAGACUCCUCUCCUACAGGAAAGCAGACUCUGAACUCCCAAAUAGCUCGUUUAACGUGGCGGUGAUGAACGUGGGUGCACCGGCAGCAGGUAUGAACGCCGCCGUGCGCUCUGCUGUCAGAGUGGGAAUCACUGAGGGCCACAAAAUGUUUGCUGUCAACGACGGCUUUGAAGGAUUUUACAAAGGACAGAUCAAGGAGAUCAAAUGGGGAGAUGUAGGAGGUUGGACUGGCCAGGGAGGGUCGCUGCUAGGGACAAAAAGAACUCUCCCAGGCAAACAUCUGGAUAAGAUUGCUGAGCAGAUGAGGAUCCACAACAUCAAUGCCCUGCUUGUCAUCGGAGGAUUCGAGGCCUACGUGGGAUUACUGGAACUUUCUUCUGCACGGGACAAAUAUAAUGAAUUCUGUGUGCCCAUGGUUAUGGUCCCCGCCACCGUCUCCAACAAUAUACCCGGUUCAGACCUCAGCAUUGGCUCAGACACCGCUCUGAAUGCCAUUACUGAUGCAUUUGAGUCCCUGCUGCAGCUGUACGAGGCCCGGGCCGACUACGAGGAGUUUUGCAUCCCGAUGUGCAUGCUGCCUGCAACCAUUAGUAACAAUGUGCCCGGCACCGACCUCAGUAUCGGCGCUGACACGUCUCUCAACGCCAUCGUGGAGACAUGUGACCGCAUCAAGCAGUCAGCCAGUGGCACUAAGCGGCGUGUUUUCAUCAUUGAGACUAUGGGAGGCUACUGUGGCUACCUGGCCACUGUGGGCGGCCUGGCUGCAGGUGCUGACACCGUCUACAUCUACGAGGAGCCGUUUGACAUCCGGGACCUGCAGGCCAACGUGGAGCAUCUGACGCAGAAGAUGAAGACGAGCAUCCAGAGAGGCUUGGUGCUCAGGAAUGAGAACUGCAAUGAGAACUUCACCACUGAUUUCAUCUACCAGCUGUACACUGAGGAGGGUCGGGGAGUGUUCGACUGUAGGAAGAACAUCCUCGGUCAUAUGCAGCAGGGAGGAGCUCCGUCUCCAUUUGAUAGAAACUUUGGCACCAAAGUUGCUGCUAAAGCCAUGCAGUGGAUCACACGAACACUCAAGGACUCUUACAAAGGAGGGCGAGUGUUUGCUAACUCAGAGGAAACUGCCUGCCUGCUGGGGAUGCGUCGCAGAGCUAUGGUCUUUCAGCCUGUAUCACAGCUCCGGGAUGAGACUGACUUUGUCCACAGGAUCCCGAAGGAGCAGUGGUGGCUGAAGCUCCGUCCACUGAUGAAAAUCCUGGCCAAGUACAAGACGAGCUACGACGUGUCCGACUCUGGCCAGCUGGAACAUGUGACCCGGGUCCGACCCAAAGAGAGCAACACCUCGUCAGCCAUCUGAACCACAGCACUGCCACCAGCAAAGAGCUUCACUCCAAUAUGAAAAUAGCUUCACAGAACAGUGACAGCUACUCACACAGAGACUGACUGACUGCUGAUUGACAGCAAAUAAAUUAAGGUAGCUUUUAAGAGAUGGUAGGUAAUAUUAAAAAGUUAUAUUGUAUGGUUAAGUCAUGGGACUUUUCAGAAGGGAUCUUCUGUAUUUUAAAUAAUGACAUCAAAUUUGAGGGUUGUCACUUGGAAUAGAGCUCUUUAUGUAGUUUCAACGAGCUAGCAGCACUAACAUUGUAUUUUCUUGAUCCCCAAUCAAAGUUAUUGUAUACUUAAUUAUAUAUAAAUAUAUAUAUGUAUGUAAGCACUCCUCAUAAUGUACUGUAAAAGUAUUUAAGUUUUAGUCCUGGAAAUGUAGCUAUAUCAGUUUUUUUUAGAUUCCUAGCUGAGCAAACAUCCAUGUUGCAUAAACACAGCAAGGCUGAGGUGAGUGAUGAAUUUACAGUCUAGCUUUUGUCAUUUUUAUUUUCUACAUCACUUUGAGCCCCAUAAUUAAUGUAAUCCCCUGAAGCUGCUUAUAAAGAGGGAAUAUAUGCCAGGAGGAUCACACAGUAGCAGUCUAACACCUGUUCACACCUUUUGAUUGUAAAAUGCAUAAACCCUUUGAAAAACAUGAAGAUGUGACCUACUGUUGGUUUAGAGAGGUUUUAGGUCGUUGUGUGUUUCUUGUCACCUGCUAAUUGUGUGUAUGAGUGUGUGUGGUGUUGCCUUUGCCGUAUCCACCCUGGGCUUUGUAUGUGGCAUCUUCCAGUGGUUAUUUGUGAGUAGGGUCCUGUUGUUGCUGUAGUUUGGCAGUGAAGCGGAGAAUGUGGAAAACUGUAUGCAACAUUAACUUUGUGUGCUGGCAGUGUGAUGUGAGUGUCCUGUCACAGAGUAAUAAAGCAUUUAUUGUGUGGAAAGUUA